CAUUCGAGUAUUGAUAAUGAAAGCGAGUUUACUUUCCUACGGCGUCGUUUAAUUUUUACUUGAUUUGUAUAUGUAAAUGAUAACUUCUGUCCUUUAGUAGUAUAGAAAUGGCGUGUUUAACAUAUAUUUGUCGAUUAAGUAAUAAUAUUUUAGGAGGUUAUCGGAAUAUUCUGCAGGGCAGGUCGAGUUGGUUAUAUUCGAUCCAAACAUGCGAUUAUUCAACCAAGAAGUCAGCGGAAGAAAGGCUAGGUAUCGAAAAACCGAAGCGACCUCUUACUCCAUUCUUCAAGUUCAUGGCUCAGAUGCGGCCUGCACUUUUAGCUAAGAACCCAAGUAUAUCAUCUAAGGAAGCUAUUUCUUGGACUUCAAAACAUUGGCAACAAUUGGAUAGUGAAACUAAGUCACAAAUGACCAAAGAAUAUGAAAAAGAUUUAGAAGAUUACAAAAAAAUAAAGGAGUUGUAUCAGGCAUCUCUCACAGAGGAACAAAAAGAAGACAUAAGAAAAAUGAAAGAAGACAUGGCUCUAGCAAAGGAAAAGAGGAAACUUAAACAAGAACAUAAAGAGUUAGGUCGGCCAAAGAAACCAAUGUCUUCCUAUAUUUUGUACAUGAUGUCAAGAAAUGACAAAUCAUCUGAAUUAAGGGACUUUAAAACUCACCAACAAAAAGUCAAAGCAGAUUGGGUUAAAUUAACAGAAUCUGAAAGAAAUAAGUUUGAAAAACAAGCUGCAGACCUAAUGGCCAAGUAUAGGAAAGAUCUAGAGGCAUGGGAAUUGAAAAUGAUUUCAAUUGGCCGUUCAGACUUGGUACGUCAGAAAUCCACCCCAAAAAAGAAAGUAAAGGCUGCAAAAAACGAAUAGGAACUCGGGUGCUCUGACCAUUCAACCGAUCCAGUCAAAGAUAUUCAUGAUAUAUUCAGUGAUAAAGUACAACCUUCCAAAAAUAUUAUUAUAAGUGAAAAAGUAGAAUCCACAAACACUGAAUCUAUAAACAGUAUUACAAACAUGAGGUCAGAAGAAUGUCAGAGCACGGGUACCAAUAAAAUUGAUGAUCAGACUGAGGCAAAAGUUUCUAUAGAAAAAGAGAAAAGUAAGAACUUUAUGAAUAAAGUUAAGAGCUUCUUUAAAUUUUAGUUUUAGUUUAUGAAUUAGUUGCAAUGUAAAUCAUGUCAUUAAGUGCUCAUUAUAAGAUUUGUGUACA